CGGUGAGUAUAAAAUUAGAGUGAGUGGGUGUAGUGUUCCGGAAAAGUUGGGAUGGCAGUGGCAGCUGCGGUGAGGUGGUGCAAUCCUUCCCCGUUUGUGAUUGGAUUUGGAGGUCGCAAAUCGAAAUUGGAGAAGGCGGAAUCCCCUGGAAUCGGAAUCAGAAUCAGUGCGCUCUUCUGGAAUUGGGAAUUUGGGAAUAGAAACUCCCUCUCAUUCUCCUCCUCCACGCAAAAGCAGCAGCAACAACAAUUCACUUUCACUUUGAGAGAUAGAGACGCAUACACAGCUAUUUGUAAUUGUAAAGUGAUAACAGUCUCAUUUGCAUCUUCAAUCUCUGACGUUCCGUCCUCCGAAUGGGACGCUUGUGCUCUCGAUGCCACCGGCGCUGAUAAGUUCAACCCAUUCCUUUCCCAUGCCUUCUUAUCAACAUUAGAACACUCUCGUUCCGCUGUUAAGGAAACUGGAUGGAAACCUCACCACCUCGUUGCUAAGGAUGAAGCCAACAACGUUGUCGCUGUCGUCCCUCUCUAUCUUAAAACCCAUUCCUACGGUGAAUUUGUCUUUGAUCAUUCUUGGGCUAAUGCUUACCAUUCCUAUGGAUACAAGUAUUACCCUAAGUUACAAUCCUGCGUCCCCUUCACUCCUGUAACCGGUCCUAGGAUCUUGCUUCGUAACACCUCUUUCAAACACCAAAUCUUUGACAGUGUUGUCUCUGCAAUGAAGGAUCUCACUGCCACGUCCCAGCUUUCGUCAUUACAUGUUACUUUUCCCUCUGAAAAUGAGUGGCUCAAAUUCACUGAAAAAGGUUUCCUCCCGAGGAUUGGAAUGCAGUACCACUGGAAAAACCGUAACUACAAAAAUUUUGAUGAAUUCUUGAUGGACAUGAAGCAAAGUAAAAGAAAAAAUAUACGUCAAGAGCGCAAAAAGAUCUCAGCCCAGAACUUGAUUAUGAAACGGCUCCGGGGUUAUGAAAUAAAGGCUAGGCACUGGGAUUCUUUCUACACUUUUUACAGAAACACAACCGAUAACAAAUGGGGUAGUCCUCACCUGACAAGGGAUUUUUUUCACGAGUUGGGAUCAAAAAUGGGAGAUCACCUACUUCUUGUUGUGGCUGAAGAGGGUGAUGAACUAGUUGCUGGAGCCCUAAAUCUUAUUGGAGGAGAUACUUUGUUUGGGCGCCUAUGGGGGUGUCAACCACGAACUUACUACCCAAGUUUGCACUUUGAAGCAUGUUAUUACCAGGCAAUGGAAGCGGCAAUUGAACUCAACCUUAAAACAGUCGAGGCAGGAGCACAGGGCGAACAUAAGAUUCAGCGAGGAUAUCUUCCUGUGACAACUUUUAGCUGCCAUUACCUUAUUGAUGAAGAAUUUAGGAAUGCUAUAGAAGAUUUUUUAAUACGUGAAGCUUCUCAGGUGAAGCUUGUUAUGAAACUCUUGCAUGACUCUGGCCCUUUUAAGGAAGGUGUUAUGUAAAAGGUAAAUUAUCAGCGUAGUGUUUAGUAAUUAUGAUCUGUAAAUAUGCACAAGAUUUUUACCUAGUAAUCAUUAUAUUUUGCUAGGAAGUAUGUACAGUUGUGUAAGUGAGUACCAAUAUACACCUUUGCCAUUUGUUGCGAAGGUGACUGGUGCAUCUGUAUUCUGAGGGUAAUUCACUGAUAGCCAAGUGCUGCGUUCGUUACUAGUGAAUUAAUAACUAUCUGUGAUACUAUUGUUACAUUAAGCAAAGUGCAGACUGGCUGCGAUUUGCAACAUUAUAAAAUAAGAAUUUUG